CAUAAUUAUUAUCAUCAUAAUUUUACAGAGUUCAUCUUUACCCUUCUGUCUCACCAAAAAUGGAGUUGCAUCCACGUUUAUCCCCAGGAAAGCUCUUUUCCAAUAUCUAAACUUGCAGCAAUCAGCACAAAGGCUCAUUCCCAGAUCCGACAGGAUGACUGAUGCAAGCUGUCAGCCAAUAUUUGACUUUCCAGGUGAGAUUAGAUUUAGCUUUUAAUUUAAUAUAAACAUAAAGCAUGCAGUGCAAGGCACUUAUUUCACAGGCAGCUGCUCCAAGCUUUGUGCAGGCUGGAGGCUCCUUAAAGACAUCCCUGAUCUUUUUGGGAGUUUCAUCCCAUUAGCCAGUGGAGUUGGAAAAUCCUGAGUGUUCUGAAUCUCCUUAGGGAAAGACACAGCAAAGCAGCAUAAUUGUCAAGGAUGGCCAAGCUGCAAAACUUCACUUGGGCAGUGGAAGACAUUUUCAAGGACACUUUCCUCAAUUAUAUGAACAGCUGGAGGAGAAACAUGACAGAAGCAGCAAAUAAACUGCAGGCUGAGGUGGCUGCUGAAAACUUUGACUACGUUAUCCUCUAUCUGAUGGUGAUGAUUGGGAUGUUCUCCUUCAUCAUCGUGGCCAUCCUGGUGAGCACGGUGAAAUCCAAGAGGAGGGAGCACUCCAACGAUCCCUAUCACCAGUACAUCGUGGAGGACUGGGGAGAGAAGUACAAAAACCAGGUUCUGAAUCCUGAAGAUCUCAAGUGUGUGAUCCAUGAAAACCUGGGGGCGAGGGAUAAAACAAACCCGGAAUCACCCUGACUUUCUGGGAAUGUCAGCAGCGAGGGAUUCAUGGAGUCACACAGAGGCAACUCACUGGAAUUCCAAAGAGCUGUGGAAGUGUUGACUAAAUUAACACACAGGAUAAUGGAGUCCUGAGGAAAUCAAUGUGGUGGUUCCCGUGAGGAUCUUGGGAAAGUCCAAGAAAAAUCUAUGAUUUGAUCUUCUGUCCUUUAGGAAAAUAAAGCCAAGACAAGGAUAACUUGAUUAUUUGAGCAUUUUUUUAAAUCCACAAGUAGAUGUGGAGGUUCUCACCUCAGAAUAACUGUGAAUUUGUGGUCAAAAGUGAAGAUUUAGAUCCAAACUCUGUGACUUAAGCCCACCUUAAAAAAACAGCUUUAAAAUGUCCAAUAAAAUCAUCAAUCUCCACGGACUGACUGAACAAUCAAUUAGGGAAUGAAUCACAGGAAGGACCUGACACCUGCACACACAUUCACUCCCAACUCCUUUUUAGUGAUCUGACUCCUAUU